CUUCCUGCCUCUUCUACGACAUUUCUAAUGUUCAUUCAUGGGUCGUAAGGUCGAAGUAUUUUUCAUGUAAUAAUACACAUAUUGUGUGCUUGUGCGCGUUACAUACAGCGUGCAGUAACCUGGUAGUUAAAUCAACGGCGUGCAGGAAGAAGGUCGAAAAUGGGGGACAUUAAGAAUUUUCUUUAUGCGUGGUGUGGUAAGAAAAAACUCACACCCAGCUAUGACAUUAAGACAGCUGGGAAUAAGAACCGGCAGAAGUUCAUUUGUGAGGUUCGUGUGGACGGAUUCAACUACAUUGGAAUGGGGAACUCCACUAACAAGAAGGACGCACAGUCCAACUCAGCCCGCGACUUUGUCAAUUAUCUUGUUCGAGUAGGCGAAAUGAACUCAAGUGAGGUCCCUGCUCUGGGGCCAAGUGCACCUGACCCGAUUGAAACAGAUGGCCGCAGUGGUUUUGGGAAUCUACCUGCUGCUGGACCUCUGCCUCCACAUUUGGCUAUCAAACAGGAACAGGGUCUGACCGGGCAGAAUGACGGACCAGCCAUAAGUGGUAAAAGUGGUCUUGGCUACUCAGGAUUCAACAGCGGUAAUGCUGAGUGGGAACGAGGAGCUAAUUUGAAGGAGUAUUACGCAAAGAAAGACCAGCAAGAUGCAGAAGCGACCUAUGAAUCGGAGGAAGUUGAUCUGAAUGCAGGUCUCCAUGGCAACUGGACACUGGAAAAUGCCAAGGCUCGUUUGAACCAGUUCUUCCAAAAGGAGAAGAACCAGACUGAUUACAAAUACAGCCAAGUGGGGCCUGACCACAACAGGAGUUUCAUUGCUGAAAUGACCAUUUUUGUAAGGCAGCUUGGGAGAAAGAUAAGUGCCCGUGAGCAUGGCUCCAACAAGAAGUUGGCAGCCCAGUCCUCUGCUCUGUCUAUUGUCCGGCAACUGUACCAUCUGGGCGUGAUUGAACCCUACACUGGAUUGACUAAAAAGAAAGAGGGCGAGACGGUGGAGGUCUAUGAAGUGACUGUGCCAGAUGAUGUGGUGCACCAGCUUCAAAGUGUCACCCAGGAACUGGGUAUUCAGAUCCCCCCACCACCCCAGGAUCCGAGCACCCCAGUGUCUCUGGUUCAGGGUAAGUUGGCCCACUUUGAGCCCUCCCAGAGGCAGAGUGCAGCAGGCGUGGUGCCCUGGUCACCCCCGCAGGUCAACUGGAACCCCUGGACCAGCAGCAACAUUGAUGAAGGCCCUCUGGCUUUCUGUACCCCAGAGCAGAUAAGUGCAGACUUGUUGGCUGAGCUGAACUAUCAGUUAGAGAAUGAUCAAAACCUCCAGAUGGGGAUAAAGGAGAGGGACCAGCUACCAGUGAAGAAGUUUGAGGAGGAGAUCAUGAAUGCCAUUCACCACAACCCUGUGGUCAUCAUCCGCGGAGCAACAGGCUGCGGCAAAACCACACAGGUUCCCCAGUACAUCCUGGACUACUUCAUCAAGAAUAACCGCGCUGCCGAUUGCAACAUUGUCGUGACCCAGCCUCGGCGUAUCAGUGCGGUCUCUGUGGCCGAGCGUGUGGCCUGCGAGAGGGGAGAGGAGCUGGGCAAGAGCUGUGGCUACAGCGUGCGCUUCGAGUCCGCUCUGCCCAGGCCUCACGCCAGCGUGAUGUUCUGCACCGUGGGGGUGCUUCUGAGGAAGCUGGAGGCUGGAAUCAGAGGGAUCAGUCAUGUGAUCGUCGAUGAAAUCCACGAGAGGGAUCUCAAUACGGACUUUCUGAUGGUUGUUCUGAGAGACGUGGUCCAGGCGUACCCUGAUGUUCGUGUCGUACUUAUGUCCGCCACCAUCGACACCACCAUGUUCGGAGAUUACUUCUUCAAUGCCCCAGUCAUAGAGGUGUUUGGACGCACUUUCCCUGUACAAGAGUAUUUCCUUGAGGACUGUAUUCAGAUGACUCAGUUCAUCCCCCCUCCCAUGGAUAAAAAGAGAAAGGACAAAGAUGACGAUGGAGGAGAAGAGGAGAUGAACUGUAACCUGAUCUGUGGAGAGGAGUACGGCCCAGAGACCAAGCGCUCCAUGUCUCAGCUGAACGAGAAGGAGACCUCCUUUGAGCUGAUCGAGGCCUUGCUCAAGUACAUCGAGACGCUGAAGGUGUCCGGGGCGGUGCUGGUCUUCCUGCCCGGCUGGAACCUCAUUUUUUCCAUGCAGAAGCACCUGGAGAUGAACCCGCACUUUGGAAGUCAGCGCUACAGGAUCUUGCCUCUACACUCUCAGAUCCCCAGGGAGGAACAGAGAAUGGUGUUUGAGCCCGUGCCCGAGGGUGUGACCAAGGUGAUUUUGUCCACCAAUAUUGCAGAGACCAGCAUUACCAUCAAUGACGUUGUCUACGUCAUUGAUUCUUGCAAGCAAAAAGUGAAGCUAUUUACAUCCCAUAAUAAUAUGACCAACUAUGCAACCGUCUGGGCCUCGAAGACCAACCUGGAGCAGAGGAAGGGCCGGGCUGGCAGAGUCCGGCCUGGUUUCUGCUUCCACCUCUGCAGCAGCGCCCGCUUUGAAAGGCUGGAGACCCACAUGACUCCAGAGAUCUUCCGCACGCCGCUGCAUGAAGUGGCCCUCAGCAUCAAGCUGCUCCGACUGGGAGCCAUCGGCCACUUCCUGUCCAAAGCCAUCGAGCCGCCACCACUGGACGCCGUCAUUGAGGCGGAACACACACUCAGAGAGCUGGAUGCCCUUGACUCUAAUGAUGAGCUGACUCCUCUGGGCCGUAUUCUGGCCAAGCUGCCCAUUGAGCCGCGCCUCGGCAAGAUGAUGAUCAUGGGCUGCAUCCUUAAUGUGGGUGAUGCGGUUUGCACCAUCUCAGCAGCUUCCUGCUUCCCAGAGCCCUUCAUCAGCGAGGGUAAGCGCCUGGGAUUCGUGCAUAGGAACUUUGCCGGCUCGCGCUUCUCUGACCACGUGGCCCUGUUGUCUGUGUUUCAAACCUGGGAUGAAGUCCGAAUGGGUGGAGAAGAUGCAGAGACAAGGUUCUGUGAGCACAAGCGACUUAACAUGUCCACUCUCAGGAUGACCUGGGAGGCUAAAGUGCAGCUGAAGGACAUUCUCGUCAAUGCCGGUUUCCCUGAGGAAUGCCUUAUGAACCAGAUGUUCAACAAUGUUGGCCCUGAUAACAACCUGGAUGUGGUCAUCUCCCUGCUAACGUUUGGUUCCUACCCCAACGUGUGCUACCACAAAGAGAAAAGGAAGAUUUUGACCACUGAGGGCCGAAACGCUCUCAUCCACAAGUCCUCCGUCAACUGCCCCUUCAGCAACCAUGACUUGACAUACCCCUCUCCAUUCUUUGUCUUUGGAGAAAAGAUCAGAACACGAGCCAUCUCAGCUAAAGGAAUGACUUUGGUCAGCCCUCUGCAGCUCCUCCUGUUUGCUGCGAAAAAAAUCACCUCAAACGGUGACGUUGUGGAGCUUGACGAUUGGAUCAAGCUACGCAUCCCCCAUGAGGUGGCGGGCUCUGUGGCUGCCUUGCGGGCAUCGCUGGAAGCUCUGGUGGUAGAGGUAACCAAAGACCCAGAGUACAUCAAUCAGCUGGACCCACCCAACCAGCGCAUGCUCAACAUGCUGCGGCUCAUCUCCAAGCCCUCCUCCAGCGGGAUCAACCUCAUGACCAGCAACCCAAGAUUUGGCGAUGGUCCUCGGCCUCCAAAGAUGGCCAGAUUUGACGGAGGCGGUGACAGAGGGUUCAGGGGGCGUGGUGGUGGUGAUGGAGGAGGCUACAGAGGCGGCGGUGGCUACAGAGGGGGUGGAGGAUACCGUGGCGGAGGAGGAGGAUAUGGUGGUGGUGGUGGUGGGGGAUAUAGGGGCGGUGGUGGUGGGGGAUAUAGGGGCAGGGGUGGCUAUGGAGGUGGUGGAGGCGGGUACAGGGGUGGGUAUGGGGGUGGUGGAUAUGGGGGCGGAGGUGGAGGCGGAGGCGGCUACAGAGGCGGGGGAAGAGGUUUCAGGGGUGGAUUUUAGGGUAAUUAAAUUUCUUUAUGGAAAAGAAUGUUUGUGUUAAUACACCUUGUUUAAAG